AUGGAAGAGUCAAGUCUCAUAGUUGCACCAUCAAUUCUUGAUGGAGACAAUUAUGAAACUUGGGCUGUUAGAAUGACAGUUCAUCUACAAGCACUUGAUGUUUGGGAAGCAGUGGAAGAAAAUUAUGAAGUUCCUCCCCUGGGAGCCAAUCCAACUGUGGCUCAAAUGAAGUUGCAUAAAGAAAGAAGGACAAGAAAAGCUAAAGCGAAAGCUUGCUUAUUUGCUGUAGUUUCACCAUCAAUUUUCAUCAAAAUCAUGAAAAUUGAUUCAACUGCAGAAAUUUGGGAGUAUCUCAAGGAGGAAUACAAAGGAGAUGAAAGAAUCAAGAACAUGCAGGUGAUGAACUUGAUUCGAGAAUUUGAAAUGAAGAAAAUGAGGGAGUCUGAUGUUGUUAAAGACUAUGUUGCACAACUUCUUUCAAUAGCAAACAAAGUUAGGCUACUUGGAAAAGAAUUUUCCAUUGAGAAGAUUGUUCAAAAGAUAUUGGUUACACUUCCUGAGAAAUAUGAAGCUACAAUUUCCUCUUUGGAGAAUUCAAAAGAUCUGUCAACUACAGAAGGAGAUACUGCAGAAGGAGCAUUUCAAGCAAGAAUGCAGAAAAAUGCAGGCCAUAAAAAUGGAAAGGUGAACAACAAGAAGUCGUGUGGCAACAACCAGAAAAAUGGAGUUUUUCCACCUUGUCCUCAUUGCAAGAAGACAAAUCAUUCUCCACAAAAAUGUUGGUGGAGACCAGAUGUGAAAUGCAACAAGUGUGGUAAACAAGGACAUGUGGAGAGGAUUUGCAAAAAUCAACAGUAG